CCUCCAUAACCUAACCUACUUAUGCUCUACUUCUUGUCAAUACCAAUACCCUCUCUGUAAAUCACUUAAACGGAAUUUAGAGCUCUCGUCAUGUUCUGGAGGUUCGGGUUUCAUAACGGGUCUUCGAUAGACUCCCUGCUCGACAAGGACGAUGUCUCGCUCGAAGCUAUCAUGGACGAGGAAGACGUGCUGCAGGAGUGCAAGGCGCAGAAUACGAGGCUCAUCGAUUAUUUUCAGAGAGUGGAUGUGUUGAAGAGGUUGAUUGGACAUGUUACGGGACAGAUUGAGUCUGAGGAGCAGGGAAGGUAUAAAUACCCGUAUGUUGCGACGGAGAUUCUGUGCAGCGAGAUAUGGUCCAUCGUCGAGACUUGCUUCAACAAUACCGAGCAGCUCAUGGUGCCUUUCUGGGAGACGGUGCUCGACAGGUCUGCGGAAGACAUGAAGACAGAGAUGGUGAUGGCCACACAUUUUGCCAAGAUCAAUGCAGUCUUCCUCACCAAGAAACCGGCAGAGAUGCUCGAGUUUAUCUGGUCACAGCCGUCAGUCGUGGAAAGACUGCUGCAGCACAUCGAAACACCAGCCUUCUCGGACCUCCUCUUGCGCAUCAUUCAACUUGACGAACAACCUGCCGGUGCUGGUGUCCUAGAGUGGCUCGCAAAAGAAAACCUCAUGGCCCGCCUCAUCGGUCGUCUAUCUCCAUCUUAUUCCCCCGACAUGCACACCGUCGUCGCAGAACUCAUCAAGAACAUAAUCUCCAUGGCUGCGCCUUCUCCUGGCGCGGGACUCACGGAAGGAUUGUCGAAUGGGCCGGCGAGCAAUCGUUUUGCGAGGGAGUUGGCGCAGAGGGAUAAUGUGCAGACUCUGGUGGAGUACAUCUUGGAUGAUUUUUCGGGGGUUCAGAAGGUGGAGGAUAAGGAUAAGGAGGGUGGCGGUGCGCCCGCAAGGAGCGUAGAGACUAAGCAGAAAGAUGUGAAGGGCAAGGAUAAGGAGGAGGAGGAGGAUGAGGGGAUGAAGGAAGACGACGAAUCAGAUCACGACCCUCAGGAUGUCCUCCCGUCACUCGAAUCAUCGACAUCCUCGGUCGUCAACUCGAUAUGCAUCAUCAUAGAACUCAUCCGCCAGAACAAUUCCGACUACUUCGAGCCGUAUUUAUUCCACACACUCCGUAAUAGGCUUAUACAGAUUCAGCAGCAACUACAGCCCCCCACCGCAGAGGAAAGCCGAGAAACGCUGGAAAGGUCGAUGAGGGAGAUGGUGGAUCGAAUGGGCGUGGUCCAUCUUGGACCUGUGCUAGAGAUAUUCUGUGACCGGCUAGACCAGGUGCAUAAGUACCUCAAAGCGCCGAGAUCGUUGACUGGACCCGUCUCGACGACACUUGGAAGCAUCACACCCCUCACCUUCGAACGAUACCGCAUCUGCGAGCUCUACGCUGAGCUUUUGCACUGCUCUAGCAUGUCCCUCCUCAACCGACCAGCCGAAUACAACUACCUGUACGACUCUGAAGGUCGACUGCAAGGCGGUCUCUCUGCUCUGGAAGAUCUGGCUCGUAUCAUUUCCAUGAAUGCGGGUGAAGAUAGAGACCAAGACAUAAUGGACGAAGACGCCGACGAGAUUGAGCCCGCGAUGGAACUACCGGUACACGGUGCUUCGCACGACUCGUCCUCCCUACUCGAUUCGGACGACGACAUGAGCGAUGGAGAUGAGCCGAAUAGUUCUGAUGAUGACGAUGCUAUGGAGGAUAUCGCUAUGGAAGACGAUCCACCAAGGCCUUCUAGUAGAGGUAGUCCCAGUGCAACCGCUAGUAGUGGUGGUAGUGGCGGCGGCGGCAGUGGAUCCAACUCUGGCCCUCCCUCCCCGAUCCACAUUCGCUCUCCAGUCGAUUUCCCGCCAGUCUUCAUCACCUCCUCACCCUCCCAUUCCUCCUCACCCAUCCCCAUCCCAUUCACCGACGCCCCCACCUCCCUCUCCCCAGUCACACUCUCUCCAGCCACGGAGAUCGUUCCCCCUAUCCUAGGGCCGAGAAGAAGAUCGAGCGCGAGUUUGGGGUCAGAUUCGGGGUCGACAAAGGGGCGACAGUCGAGGGCUUCGAGACGGAGUUCGAGGAGGUUGACGGUGCAGGAUGUGAAAGAGUUGGACGGGGAUGUGCCGGCGCCGGUCGGGGAGAGGAUUAAGCAGAGGUUUCUGGAUGUGGGCGUCAUUGGGACGUUGUUGGAUCUGUUCUUCGAGUUCCCGUGGAAUAAUUUCCUGCAUAGUGUCGUAUAUGACCUGAUCCACCAGAUACUUACGGGACGAGUUGACGCGGGUGUCAACCGUGCUCUUACGAUCUCGCUCUUCGAGGACGCGAAGCUCAUGAGCCGGAUAGUAGAAGGUCAGAGACGGAACGAUGCCGAAAGCGCAAAACCGAAAGGUGUCCGCCUAGGCUACAUGGGCCACCUCACCCUCAUCUCCGAAGACGUGAUCACCGCUCUCGAACACUUCCCGCCCGACCUCCGACUGAUCAUCGCCAAAUUCGCACCUCAACCUGACUGGGACGAGUAUGUCACCGGACGAUACAACGAGACCAAGAAACGGGACCAGGCACUUUUGGGUGGCGGGAAGCCUGUGGUUUCGGCGGGAUCGAGUCGACCGGGGAGUAGUCAAUGGAAGGUAGACGAGGAGGAUACGAGUGGGGGUGCGGGUGGCGGUGCGGGUGGUGGUGGUGGCGGCGGUGGUGGUGGGAGCACUGUGGAGGAGGACAUGCAGGGCGAGUUUAGAAGGGCAACGGGGGCGAGACCUACGAGGGAGAACAGUGCGGAUUUUGGACCGGCGCCAAUAGAAGAGGACGACGAGGAUUUCAGUCCCGCUGGUCAUCCGACCUUCGCGAGGUACCUGGCACAGGAGAUGCACUCGCCAGACGAGUUUGGUGGCUCUUCGUCAUCGUCAGACGCUUCGGAUGACGAGGACGGGGGAUGGCUUUCUCAAUCAAAUUUUGAGCUGGACAGGCCGCCACCAGUGUCGACUCGGCCGCGAUUAGAACGAAGACCGCUGAGUGAAAGUGGAUUUGAUGACGCUUUCCGGCCACCUGGAGACACUUCCUCGCGAAGUCCGUUCCAUGAUCCAUUUGCGGAUGACGAAGACGACGCAUUCGGACCCUUCUCGGACACCGCCGCCGCCGCCGCCUCAGGCUCCGACCCAUUCACCUUCCCCUCCAAUCUCUCCGGCGAAGACGUCCAAGGCGCCGCCUCCUUCGACAACUUCGGCGAUUUUGGCGAUUUUCAUAGUGCGGACGGCGAGACGACGCCAACGGCGGGAAGUUGGACGUUUGAGGGUGGGUCGAGUACGAGUUCUGAGGUGGACGAUGUGUUGGCGUUAUCGGAGGAGUCGGGCAAGUCGGGGGAUAGUACGGAAAAUAUUGAGGAUGGUGUGAAGGGGAAGGGAAAGGUGGAGUUUGGGGGAGGGCAUAAGAGGGAGGGGGAGCAGAGUGGUUGAGUCGAGUAGAAAGGCGGGAGUGUGCGUACUUACGUUAUUUAAGAGAGUGGCCUGCGCAAUUCUACUAGGCUAGUCUCCAAAGGCU